AUGCUUGUACCUCGUCUCUUUUUCACAUGUGAAAGAGGGGGUGUGCUUGCGACCGGAGGAACUAAAUGCGGGACUGUGCGGGAUAUCCGACGGCGAUCUGCGCUUUCUUCGGAGAUAGGAGAGGUAGGGAGGGGAUGGGUUCAUGGCUUGAUGGUUUCUGUUUAUCUCGGUCAGGCUGGUAUAUUUGGGGAAUGGGUCCAUGUUGGUUCUGCCCUACAAGGCAGCUGCUCCGAGCUGUUUGAUCUGCUGAGGUCGGCUGUUGCACAGUGA